AUGACUCCUUUACUGCCAACUAGAACAUACCUUUCCUUCAGGACGAGUGCACAUCGAAUACAAAUGUAUAAUGUUUGGAGUGAGCUUGACUAUAACGUGGUGACAUUUGACUAUCGAGGCUAUGGCGACUCAGAAGGCACUAUAUCGGAGCGCGGGAUAGUCAGUGAUAGUCGCCUCGUCUAUAAGUAUGUACUACAUCAUAGCGGUAAGAAUACUGUCCUAAUAUGGGGCCACUCCAUGGGUACAGGCGUUGCCGUUCACUUAGUAAGUGACCUCUGCCUCGAUAAAACACCUCCUGAUGGUCUCGUUCUUGAGUCACCGUUUAACAAUUUUAAAGAUUUCACGAUAAGCAGCAUAAAGGGCAAACCAUUAAGUUGGAUGUUUCAAGAAAUGCUGCAAAGAUAUCUUCUGGACCCCCUCAAAAAAGCUGGGAUUGAUAUGAACUCGGAUGAACGGAUUUCAAAGUGUGUUGAAAUGCCAAUUUUUCGUCAGGCAUUAUUGGAGGCUAUUCUUUCCCUUUACUUUGAUCUGAUACUAAUAUGUCACUUUGGGAAGAAAGCUCAGUGUAUUGUUUGGGUUGUAAAACGCCUAUUGCUGCAUAACGACAGACUUUUACAGGAUGCUGCAGUGGCUUCAAAGCGCGAUAUCAAGUACGUAGAGUUUCCAGCGGCUAGGAAUUAUAAACACCACUGCAUCUAUCUAGCGCCUGAGCUCGUUACUCUCAUACCGUAA